AAGUCGCACAUACAUAACCAUUAAAGAGUGUUUUUUUAGAAAGGUUUUUUAAGUUGAACUUGGAGAUCAUCUGAUCAGAAAAGAGAAGAAGAGAUGGUCAAGAAAGCGAAAUGGCUGAAGAACGUUAAGAAGGCUCUUAGCCAAGAUUUAAAGAAACUGAAACAUAAAUCGGUUGAGUAUCAGAAUAGUGAGAUCUCUUAUCCUGUAUUAGUAGCUUCAUCCAGAAGUUCUCCUCCUCAGUUUGAGGUCAGAGUUGAUAAGGUCAAACAUAAGAAGAAUCUCUUCCCUCCUCCUCCUCCUCCUCCUCUAGAAGAAGAAGAAGAAGAUGUUCUUGUAGAUUCACCUCCAUCUUCUCCUGAGUUUGUUCCUCCAGCAGCUAAACCUUGUAGGUUUGCAGGAAAGUCAAAGGAAGAAGCAGCUGCCCUCUUAAUCCAGUCUACAUUCAGGGGUCAUUUGGCAAGAAGAGAGACACAGGGGAUGAGAAGGUUGGCUAGACUUAAGUUAUUGAUGGAAGGAUCGGUUGUACAACGGCAAGCUGCGCAUACACUUAAAUGUAUGCAGACUCUGACACGUGUACAGUCACAGAUCCGGUCUAGGAGAAUCAGGAUGUCAGAAGAGAAUCAAGCUCGACAUAAGCAACUUCUUCAGAAACAUGCCAAAGAGCUAGGAACCUCGAAGAGUGGAGGUAAUUGGAACGACAGCAAUCAGUCCAAGGAGAAAAUCGAAGCAGGUUUGUUGAGUAAGUACGAGGCGACAAUGAGAAGAGAAAGGGCAUUAGCUUAUGCAUUCACACAUCAGCAAAACUUGAAGAGCAACAUGAGAUCUGGAAACACAAUGUUCAUGGAUCCUAGCAACCCGACUUGGGGUUGGAGCUGGUUAGAAAGGUGGAUGGCUGACAAGCCAUGGGAGAGCUCAGAGAAAGAACAAAACAAGAACGAAAAGUCGUCGGUUAAGACCUCGACCAACCGUAACUCACAUGGAGUAGAAACAACAAUUUCAAACCGUAAAAAACUCAAUAGCUCGACUCAAUCCAAUAUCUCAUCAUCAUCAUCAUCAUCAUCGACCACAAGAAACCCGAGAAAGAGCAAGCCAAACCAACCGCCCAUAAAAUCAAAGACCACUGAUGAAAUCACCAAGAGCUCGGAGAAGAACCGUAGGCACAACGUUGCAAGUUCAUCGGUUAGUGAUGACGAGGGCUUAGCUAGCUCAACGGCUAGACGUCGCAACAUGGUUCCCACAAAACCAACACGAGGCAAGCUCAAGGGUCAGAGCUCAUCAUCAGGCGUUGUCGCUGCUGUUAUCACCACCACGGCAACUACAGAGGAAACUAGUUGUGUUUUACGUGAGAAAGCACCGAUAAAGAAACGGACUUCUGUUGCACCCAAACCUAAACGAUCCUCAGCCCCGCCCAAGGUUGAAAGCAGCGUUCUAAAGACGGUGAGAACGCCGUGUGACUAA